UUCAUAAUAUGCCUACAAUUUGAGAUCAUUUGAUAUAGAUUCUAUCUAAUGGAUAAAAGUGGAUAAACAGUUCAAUAGCCUUUAGGCCUACUAGUGUUUGGAUUAAAUAGUUCAAUGACUUUAGUGCAUGAGGAGCCUAACAUAUAUAGUUACAAAAAACGCGAGAUUCUUAUUCGGACAUUGUUUGUGCCAAGUUGACACUUACAUUAUUGUAUAUUAUAUAUAUUUUUUCACUUGUUUGCUAUUGUUCUUCUUCUGGAUUGUAUAGUCUACGGCUAAGUAACACUUCCUACCAAUCGUGCCGCCUUCUGCUCCAGAUUAAGUCUCUCUUGAAGAUGACGUUUGUAGUUUGAACAGUUACAGCCAUGCUCAAGAGACACCAGAUGCUAUUAAACGCCAACCAUGAAUUUCUGGUCAACGAAAUCCCCAUGGAAGAGACGCUGAAGGCUAUCAGAGGUAAACACAUACUUACCUGGCACGAUUUUGAUCAGCUGAAAACGUUGAGGCACCAAGGAAGAAAAGCGUUGGCCAGAUAUUUUCUGGCUGUAUUGCCGCAUAGAGGACAACGGGCGUUCCAAGCUUUUUUGGAGUCUCUGCAAGAGGCUAACGCUCAGCACCUCGUGGAGCUCUUAUUGCAGCAAGCUGGGGUCAUGAACAUGGAGGAUCUGUUCAAUCAACAGUCUCCAGAACCAGACAUGGCCCCCAAAACACCAACCGACAGCCCUUUGCCCCCUGGACCCGACCCUCACGAAUACGCCGUACGGCUGGUCAGGAAUGCAAAAUACAUCCGGAGAUUUGUGGACCCAGCAGACAUCAGCCCCAUCCUGACCCAGAACAAGAUCAUCACUCCAAGGGAAGCGGACAUUGUUCUGCACCUACAUGGGAGAAAUAAGAAAUGGGACCUUUUGAUGACAGCACUACUGCAGCGAGGGGAGCGUGCGUAUCAGGCCUUCAUGGCGGCACUCAUACAGAAAGGUUACUCAUCUGUCUUUCACACCAUCCAAGAAACAACUACAGAAUUCUCAGGCUCGGAGGACGAGUCUGGACGCAACAGCGAUACGAUGGGCGACGAGGUUGUCAUCGAAUCUGACGACGACAUCAAAAGAGAGACGUCAACAUCUAUACACAACAAAAAAUCUCUGGAAGACAUUUUGCUCAACGACAUCAACUCUAGGAACAGCCGAGCAGACGAUGCGCUACUAGCGCUCUCUAGUGACCUCAAAACCGGAAAUGACGAUUGGAAUGAGGGACGAAACGCUGACAAACCUAAGAUUUCAGACAAUCAACAUAACAACCAGGAUAGCAAAACAGACAAUAAAGUUAAGGCGCUUCGGAGAAAAAGUAAUGCUGGAAACUUGAAUGCAGUUGAAGAAGAAACAGAAGCUCAUUACUGAAAGGAUAUCUUUGAACAAAAUUGUAGUUUAUUUGAUGUACAUGACAGCAUAAGCUGUAAAAUACUGCAUAUAGGCUACUAUUUUAUAUCUCUCCUACGAAGCGACUUCUUUCCCCAGUUGUAUAUCAUUCAAGCAAACGUACAUGAGGUGCUCCUUGCACGACUUUGCCGUCAGAUUGUACUUUGUGAGACGAAGACCUGUCACAGAUUUAAAGGAAAUGUUCGUUUGUUUGUCAAAAAAAAAAUGCGUUGAUCAAUCCUAAUAGUAGGCCUGAGCACUGACCUGUGACGUGGCAACCUGUGGUCAGUGGAGACCAAUAGCUCGUUGCCACGUCACAGGUCUGUGUUCAGGUCAACUAUUAGGAUUGAUCAACGCAUUUUUUGACAAACAAACUGGUUGAUCAGUAGCUCCGAGUAACAGGCUUCGUUUGAAUAGUCCUGAGUAUUAUUUUAAAAGAAAAUAUUCAUGAAGGAGUGUGUCAGAAAACGUGUCAUCUUCUAUUUAUACGAAUGUUGGUGUUAAAAGCAGAAGAUACCAAGUACCGGAUAAAUCAAUGUAGAACCUAGGCAUACAGCAUAAGGAAAGCUGGACAUACUCACUUGUUAAGCUUAUCCUAAUGCCUGCAGGACGGAUGACAUGACCCCAAAAAGGAUCUUUAGCCGGGCGUCUGGUAACCCUAGUAUAUAAGU